AUGGAGUUAGGCUACGGUGAUCAAGAUCUUGUCUAUGAAGAGGAGGCUAAGAGGCUAGCUGGCUCAGCUCCGGUGCCACGACCUAUGUGUCUAGCAUGUAGCAAGCGCAUCGCCGAAGCCCCCAUGCUUCAGUGCCCUCAAGCCCACGCUUCAACAAAAUGCGUUCAGUGUGCUGAAGCUAACAAGCCCUGCUUUAUUGUUCCUUCACAGUUCCGUGGUGAUCUCGAACGCAUUCAGACCCUUGCGCGCGAGUCCCAUGUCAGGCCAUCCAGCGAAAUUUUCCGGCAGCUUCAAGAUUUUACUCAGAAAUAUGUCACAAAAGUUGAAGCGUAUGAGCUCAAGGAACCGGCUUUGGAAGGCUACACACCCUACCAAGUGCCCAGGCCAAUAUCACCACCCGUGCCUUUUCCUUCCUCCGCCCGAGUUGCCACCCCGAUGAACUCCCCUGAUUCCAUAGAAGAAACCUUUGUCACCAAAACUCGCGGCUUCCGAGUUAUCAGCCAGAUUCUGAGUCAAAUAGCAGAAUUUUUGUCUCAUAGAAUAGAUUCCACCUCAGAGAGAGAGGAUGUUGGCAGGUAUUCGGAAGCUACUUGGCUAUAUGCUAGUCAGAGUGCCAUUAACAGGAAACGUGUUGAUGGAAGACAAGAUCGUUGA